CAACACCACCAACAGCACAUCAGCCCAGAUCCUCCACAACACCACAACGAAAAACACAACACAAACCACAACAAACAACACAACACACCCGUUAGCAGAGCAUGUUAGCAGAACCCGUCGCAGAGCGUGUUGUGAGACCGCAGCAUCUGGCCCUGGUCCCCACUGGACCCUGGACCCUGGUCCCCGCUGGACCCUGGUCCCCGGUCCCCGCUGGACUCUGGUCCCCGGUCCCCGCUGGACCCCAGUCCCCGCUGGACCCCGGUCCCCGCUGGACCCUGACCCGUCCCUGUCUGCAGGUCUACACCGUGGUGGUCAUGCGCUCCGGCAGGUUCGACUCCCGGCAGGCGUCGGUGCAACGCCGCUACAGCGACUUCCGGCGGCUCCACCAGGAGCUGCGGGCGGAGCUGCAGGAGGAGCUGGAGGAGGCGCCGCUGCCGCCCAGGCUGCUGACGGGGAACUUCUCGGCCGCCGCCAUCGCGGCGCGCCGCCUGGCGCUGCAGGACUACCUCGCCGCGCUCUUCUCCGCCCGCCGCGUCCGCCGCUCGCCCCGCUUCGCCGCCUUCUUCACGGAGGCGGAGCAGCGGCGGGCGCACGGCCUGCUGCGGUCCGGCCGCUUCCGGCCCGCCGCCGAGCAGCUGCAGGCGGUCCUGGAGGUCCAGGAGAAGCUGCUGCCGUGGCAGGGCGCCGCCCUGACCGUCCCCGCUCUCUGCGCCCUCGCCGUCUGCCACCGGGACCUGGACGAGCCGGAGCGGGCCUUCGCCGCCGCCCAGCGGGCGCUGCCGGCCGCCAGGCGCUACGGGCCGAGGAGCCACCGGGCGGCGCUGCUGGACGCGCUGCUGGACCUGGGCUACCGGCUGGGCCGGCCCGUGGCUCAGCUGCAGGACGAGCUGACCGCCCUGAGGGACGCCGAGCGGGGCCCCGUGGCCCCUCGCUCUCUGAAGGAGCUGGUGGUCCAGGAGUUCCUCUGAGGAGCGCUCGGACCAGGUCAGGUCCCUCGGUGGUCCUUUAGUGAUCCCUUUAGCACUCCUGAAGUGGUUCCUCAGUGGUCUCUUAGGGGCCCUGAUUGGUCUCCUCAUGGUCCCUUCAACAGUCCCUCAGUGGUCCUGUAAUUACUCCUCUAGCAGUGCCUCAGUGGUCCCCUGGUGGCCCCUCACUGGUCCCCUGGUGGCCCCUCACUGGUCUCCUGGUGGCCCCUCACUGGUCUCCUGGUGGCCCCUCAGUGGUCCCCUGGUGGCCCCUCACUGGUCUCCUGGUGGCCCCUCAGUGGUCCCCUGGUGGCCUCUCACUGGUCUCCUGGUGGCCCCUCAGUGGUCCCCUGGUGGCCCCUCAGUGGUCCCCUGGUGGCCCCUCAGUGGUCCCCUGGUGGCCCCUCACUGGUCUCCUGGUGGCCCCUCAGUGGUCCCCUGGUGGCCCCUCACUGGUCUCCUGGUGGCCCCUCAGUGGUCCCCUGGUGGCCCCUCAGUGGUCCCCUGGUGGCCCCUCAGUGGUCCCCUGGUGGCCCCUCACUGGUCCCCUGGUGGCCUCUCACUGGUCCCCUGGUGGCCCCUCACUGGUCCCCUGGUGGCCCCUCAGUGGUCCCCUGGUGGCCCCUCAGUGGUCCCCUGGUGGCCCCUCACUGGUCCCCUGGUGGCCUCUCACUGGUCCCCUGGUGGCCCCUCAGUGGGCAGAAGGAACAGCGUCGGACCGAAGCUCAGAGGUUGGUGUCGUCUGUGAACAGUCGGACUAAGACAGCCUACAGACGGCGUCAACAUGUUUCCAUGGAGACCAGCGGUGGGUGUUUGGGAGGCGUUCAGGUGCAGGACGGAGUGCAGGAGAACUGGAUCCGGCCAGCAGGGACCGGAGGACGUGUCCGGACGUCUUCACCGCGCCGAUGAUCUCAGUCCACCGCCCGGAUCCUGUCAUGGCGCCGAGCACCAGCAGCCACGUGAGGCAGGAUGUCCGUCAGCCGGCGCCUUGAGGACCACAGCGGCCACCGGACUGGCUGGACGCUCCAGGGGAGAGACCAGUCUGCAGCCGUCAGCUUUCUGUUUGAGGUUUAUUGGUGUAACUUUGUCUGAUUUACAAUAAAAAUAAUAAAAUUCUGAUCUCUUCUGGAAGCAGCCGCAGCGCCGAGAGACGGCCAAAUAAUUUCAGCUGUGAAGGAACGGGCUGAGGCUGGACCUGAAGGACAAGUCCAGAUCCCAGAUCAAGAAACGGUUUGUUCUAAGAACAGACUCGGUGUCGAAACAGGAACCAUCAGAAACCGUCAGAAACCGUCAGAAACCGUCAGACGUGUCGAAAUGUGAUUUCAGCUCAAACUUCCUCAUUUCAGCUUUAAAGAAAAGAAGCAGUGGUGAACCAGAUGUGAGUCCAGGUCCAGGUCCUGGAUCCACAUGCUGGGACCAGAUGUGAGUCCAGGUCCAGGUCCUGGAUCCACAUGCUGGGACCAGAUCUGGGUUGUCCAGAUGUGUUUAAUAAUGAUAAUUUUCUGAGCAGCAAAAGGUUUGAAUGUGACGAGAUUCCAGUCAGAACCUCCGGGGUGGAUCCUUCCUGUGCAGCGCUGCGGGCUGUAGUGAGCGGCGCGGUGUAGUGUUGUGCAGUGCGGUGUAGCGUUGUACGAUAUAGUGUAGCGUUGUGCGGUGUAGCGUUGUGCGGUGUAGUGUAACGUUGUGCGGUGUAGCGUUGUGCGGUGUAGUGUAACGUUGUGCGGUGUAGCGUUGUGCGGUGUUGUGUAACGUUGUGCGGUGCGGCGUUGUGUAAAGUUGUGUGCUGUAGUGUAACGUUGUGCAGUCCUGUGCGGUUGUGUUACGGGGACGACUGUCUUUGCGCGGCCGGUUUCCUGUAGUUCAGGCGACUGACGAGGGAAUCGAACCAGGAAGUGGGGCAGCAGCG